GCUGACCCAAAUUUCUCAGUUCUCCCCAUCGGAAACCAUUAUUUUCUCCGCUGCCGCUGUUGUUUAAGCGAAUCAGUCAUGGCGGACGAGAUUGAAUUGAAGACAGCUCCUGCUGAUUUUCGUUUCCCUACUACAAAUCAAACUAGACACUGCUUCACCCGCUACAUUGAGUUUCACAGGUGCUUGGCUGCCAAGGGUGAAGAAUCUAAUGAAUGCGAAAGAUUUGCUAGAUACUACCGCUCUCUCUGCCCAGGUGAAUGGGUCGAAAGAUGGAACGAACAGAGAGAGAAUGGAACUUUCCCAGGUCCACUGUGAUCACUGGUUGAGACAUGGAUAACCGCUUUGUAGCCUGGAUGGCAUGUGUUGCUCCCUUUAUUGUCUUCUCUAUUGUUUCAAUGCUUUUCAUCAAAUUCUUUUAAUUAAAUAAAGGUACAUAGAUACAAAUGGAGAUUGGUUGAAAUUUAUUGCGUUUGAUAGGUUUACAAAUAACACGGUGACACCUGAAAUUUCUUCUCCUAUUUUAAUUUGUGAUUCUGUUUUUAAGCUGAUGGGCUGAAAGCUACAUU